CAGUUUUGCUCAGUAUCUCAGGAUGACUUUUGCAAUGAUUGAGAAUUACCUUCCUGCCUAGACUUAACCUUACUGGUUCUUACCACCCUCCUCUUUUCCUUCCUCCUUCCACCUUCCAUCACACCGGCACCUGCCUGCGCUAAGGCCAACCGCUUCAACUUGCCUGUGUGAUUUUUCCCUCACUCUCUUCUUCUUUCACUUCCCUACACCUCACCUCCCUCGCAUCUUCCACCUGCCUGCCCAUACUUUCUCGCCCUUCCAGUAACCCAUCUGUUUCAUCAAGCGCCAGACAGACUUGUCGAGGCCUAAGAUCUGUCCUCCCUUUGAUCUCAUUCACCAACUUGCAUCAAACCUUCUCACCUCUUCAAGAGCGAAACGAGAACAACAACGAAACUUACAACUACUAAAUCACAUUUGAAUAACCUUGCGUUGUUCUGAACAUGCCAGCUCUUGUUCUUCAGGCAUUUCUAUCUUUUCUCCUUGACUAGAAAGAUCUAGGAGUUCCGCAACACAUCCACUGUAAGUUUCGCUUAUCCAAGGUCUUUAUGUUCUUAAAAAACAGGAUUUGUACCUCUUUGGACAUCUUCUUUCUCGCACCACAGCCAGCAUUGAGUUAACCUCCGUAAAGAUCCUCGCUAAUAUUUCUUUUAAAGUCAGCACUGCAAACUAUAUGGGUAGUGCUUUCAGGCUCUCAUCAACAUUCAGCGGUAUCACCAGUGCUCUUCACCAUGACUCGGGCCCAGUUCAACCGCGAUUUGGCUCAUGCUUCCCAACAGACCAUCACGCACAUCUCCGGGGUUACCAAAGGAGAGGAUGACGGCCAAGUCCAAUUUGUCUUCUCUGAUGGUGCCCUGUCCUCGCCUGUUGUCAUCCGUCUCGUCACUCUGAACAUCGAUGAAUAUCCGCACAAAUCUGGUUUUCUGGCUUACACGGAUGCCGACUCAAUUCCCACUGCUCUUUCUGACCUUUUCGACGAAAUCCCCAGCUUGAGUCAGAGUAAGUCCAUCCUCAACACCUUGCAACUCAUCUCAAGCUGUAGUCUAGCUUCGGAAACCAACGACAAUUCUGACAUCGAGAUGACUGAUGUUGAAUCGGAGGAUGAGGUUGAUGAGUACGAUUACGAGGACGACAUAGCUUUUGGGCUUGGCUCCGCCUCCCGCUCCCCGACGCCCACCAAUACCCCAAGAGAGCAGGUCAAAGUCACCGGCCGCUUGAUUGAAGACCUUCGCACAGCCAAGCAAGCUGGCUUCAAGGUCGCCUUGCUGACCAAGGUCACGAAACGCGAGGACGGUUGCAUAUUUGCUCUCUCCCUCCCCGUCGCCCAUCUAGGUCUCAGUGAGGAUACCCUCGAGGCUUGGGAGGUGAGCUCUUCGGAUUGCAUCGUUCUGCUAUGCAGGUACGACUCAAGAUAUCCUUGUGUGGAGACCUUCAAAGACCUCGCAUCCGGCCAUGCAGCUUCUAUGCAGUUUCGCUUCGGAAAAUGCGCAUCUUUCAGGCCCACUCUCACCUCUGCCUUGACUGCUUUCAGCCCAAAGUUCAACAAUGCUAAAGGCUGCUCAGCAGAAGAUGUCCUGGUAGAGGAAACGUCUCAAGGUUCAACAUUCUGUUCGAUGCCCAUUUCGAACUCGAUCAACACCCUCAUGAACCGGCAACUCGCAACGCUGCUGAAGAUUCGCCUGAAUCAUGGCGUGUCUUGGGACAGUGCCACGGAAAUGCUGGAGAAGCUGACCAGAGAUGGACAUACGCGCGUUUUCGCAUCGGGACCAAGCCAGUCAUUCCAUCUUGCUAACGACACGGAAGCCCAGGUUUCAACAGCAGCCCCCGAGCUUCUCAACAAGGACUACGUCAGACACAGCCCUCGCGCUACUGGUCCUCUGCCAGAAGCGCAGCUCAGCACUCCUCUGAUUGCAAUGCAGUUCUCCUUGCGGUACUUCGUCAAAAGCACCCAGUACUGCCUUGUCUGUCAUCGGAAGACUGAUCCUGGCUUCGCCGCCCUCAAACCCUACGUCUGCAGCGAGCCCCUUUGCCUCUUUCAGUACAUGGCUUUGGGAUUGGGCCCCAGCAUUGAACACGACAUCAUUGCUCGCCCGUACGUCGUUGACCUUCUGGUCAGCUUUUGCGCCGCCGCUCUGCAGGCCUCUAGAAUUCGCGAAUGGCCGCAGGGCUUGGCUAUCAAGGUGCCUCUCAUCAACAUCUUCCCAACCCCGGCGAACAACUACGGAUUGUUGAGCGUCAAUGGUGCCUUCCGGUCUGAGCAAGAACCAGAGACUCGGCGUGUCCGGCCUGCUAUUUCUGUGUUGGCACAAAUUUCGGCUGGACAGUUCAACCUGCACAAAACACAAGACAUGGCGCUGAAGCCUGGAGACAUGAUUGUUCUGGUCAAAUCUGCAACGGUGGCAGAUUAUGGGAGCAAAGACGACGUGCAUCAUUGCCGCAUCAAGAGCGUGGAGUCUGUCCGUGAUGGUGAGGGCAACGACAGCGGCAGAGUGGUCAAAUUUGAUUGCACCGUGUCAGUUACCGGAAAUGCAAACGAACUCCCGGAUCCUCACCGGCCUGCCUCAAGAUCAACCUCAUCGCCAACUGAAGAAUCUUAUUACAAGCCUGAGGUAGCGUUCGAUGACGAAAAGGGCGAGGCUAGGUUAUUCCUCUACGAAUACGACCUCGACGACCUGGAAUCAUACUACCAACGCGAAGCUUUGUUGGUUCUCGUGCAAACCAUCCCUUCGAUCAGAACGUUGCGCAAUUACCUUUUGAGCCACAAGGGAUCGACGUUGGCCGAUUGCCAAAAUGUCUCGCGAUCCGCUCUUGCAUUGCUCCGGUGGAUCGUUGCCUCUAAUCGAUCAUUCAUCGUACAAAUUGAUCAACCAGCGGACCUUGACGUUGGUGGAAUCUCAGGAACUAACUCUCGACAACGUGAGCGCUUCGUUGGGAUGGCUGACGACUGGAUGCAGUUCCGCUUUGCACAGGGAUCACCCGAAAAGGAGAAUCGUUUCAAGGAGGAGCUGGAGUACCAGGGAAACCACCCUCACCCGACGCUUUUUGCCUGGCACGGCAGUCAGCUUGGCAACUGGCACAGCAUUAUCAGGACUGGUUUGGACUUCAAGGAUACCCUCAACGGCCGCGCUUACGGCCAUGGCGUUUACUUCGCCCGCGAUUUCUCAGUAAGCCAGGGAUACUGCAGAAAUGGUAGAUCAUGCUGGGUCGGAUCGGAGCUCAACCUGCUCGCAGCCAUUAGUCUUUGCGAGAUCAUCAACCGCCCGGUCCAUUUCAAGUCCAUCGAACCAUACUAUGUGGUUGAUAAGGUAGACUGGAUUCAAUGCCGCUACCUCAUAGUCCAACGGAAUCAUUCGGCUGGAUCACAGCCCCGGGAUUCGGUUUCUACUUUGGAGACCGACUAUGUCUCCCAGGACCCUGAUCGACAAAUCACGGGUAUGGGAAACAUUGCUGGGAAGGUCCCCGUGGCUGCGCUUCCAAGAUGGCGUCAGAUAUCAGCUCCCUAUGGGUCUUCGAUGUCCAAGUCGAUUGGGUUGGCAGACAACAAGCUUGACAAUGAGCCAGACGACCUCGACCUGAUGAUCGCGCUUCGAGAGAACGGAGAAAUUGAUGAAGAGGAUGAAAAGACGGCCAAAGACUCUGACCCUAACAAAACGGAAUUCGUUCCGGGCGCUCUUGAUUAUGAGCUGCUGCCCCAACUUCCUCCUCCCAGCUGGGCCUCCGACCAAGGAAGAAAGUUCGUGGGCGCGGAACUUAGCAAGUUGCAAAAGUUGCAAGCCAACACACCUUUUCACCAGCUCGGCUGGUACAUCGACUUCGAAAACAUCACGAACAUGUUCCAGUGGAUUGUAGAGCUUCACAGUUUUGAGAAGUCUCUUCCUCUUGCGCAAGACAUGCAUCGUCAGGGUGUCUCCAGCGUUGUUGUAGAGAUCCGCUUCGGUCGUCAUUUCCCGAUGUCUCCCCCCUUCGUCCGUGUCAUUCGUCCUCGCUUUGUUCCGUUCUCGGAAGGAGGUGGCGGACACGUCACGGGUGGUGGUGCCAUGUGCAUGGAGCUUCUCACCAACAGCGGCUGGAGUCCCGCCAGUAGCAUGGAGAGCGUUCUGCUCCAAGUGCACAUGGCCAUAUGUAGCCUCGACCCCUUUCCGGCACGACUUAUAGGCAACAAAAAGGGCGACGUAAACGACUACAACAUCUACGAGGCUAUAGAAGCGUACAAGCGCUCCGCCAACGCUCAUGGCUGGGAGGUCCCGGACGACCUGGAAAUGACGGCGAAUGCGUUGUGAAGGAAUUUUCUAGAGGAGAUUUGCACCAAUUACGGACGUGGAACGAAGGCGGUUUGUCCCUUGGCCGCAUUUUUGCUCAUUCGACUGGUCUUUACCCGGCGAAGUGGUAUGGCAAGAUGGAGAUGGGCAGAGGAGUAAAUUCAUGUACGUUACACGAGGGGAUUUGUGAGUUCGUUCAUCACCGCAACAAAAUACCACAUGACGAUAGCUCAGACACGUCCAUGGUCAAAGACAUGAUUGUCGUGGUCGUAUAAUACCCCAACUGAUUCAGC